GGUCGACGAGCUCCAAACGCAGGCAAACGUCAUCAUGACUGUCACACAGGUUGUUGAGGAAGCCUCCGCCGGAAUCCCCAACGAGAAUGCCCAAAGGGACAAGUUGAUCUUCAACAAUCGGGUCCUGGAGUUCUCCUUGAUCAAGGAGGUGGUGGGCGUGGUGGAGGUCAUGAACGUCUCUGACCUGACGGAGCCCAUCUUGAUCCGAUUCUCAGGCACGAACCCCAUCGAGGGGGACAGCUGCGUUCACUUUGACUUCGUGUCGAACACCUGGUCAUCCGAAGGCGUGUCACUGGUGAACAGCAGCGUGUCAGGAGAGUCCACUGGCACUUGGUGCGAGACAACGCACACCUCCAUCUUUGCCAUCGUACAGACGGUCCCCUUCGAGCUGAGGAAUGAUCUAGAGGCCGACAACUUGAACGCCAACAGCUACGUGGUGGCCGCCGCCUUCGUGGGAAUGCUUCUUUGCGUUGCUUCCUGCUGCGUUUGCUUCCUGCUGGGCCGGCGCCUGCGGCCACCCGCUGCGGGCAAGACGGAAAUUCAGGACGACAAGGGCAACCGGCACGUGGUGACCUUUAGCCGGAGCAACGUCACGGCAGAAACGAAAAUCGUGGAUGAUGAGGAUAAUGAGGAGGCAACCGAAGCGCAGAAGGUGCUGGUGAAGUGGGAUGUGGAACCAGAACGUUUCAUGACGCGCUUGGACCAGCUGAGGGGGCACAGGUGGAUCACAAUGGACCUCGGAGCGAACGCGGGGACAGAGGCAAAGGUCACCAAGGAAGCCUCGGAGUCCCUGGCGAGGAGGUCGCUCAAGAAGGUGACCCUUCGCAUGGAGGACUCCAGCCCGAGCGAGGCGCACGAGACGCUGCAGGCUGCACGGUCGCUGGAGUUUGGGCCUGCGGAGACUAUGAUGGUCCCGGACGACCGUGGCGUGGAUGGCGACGAGUCGCCUCCGGCACAGCACGUACAGGAGUACCCCAGUGAGGGCCAAAUCUCUGAUAUGAUCGAGGUGUGCUUAGACGUGGAGGCCACCGCAUGGCAAGAAGUGCAUCAGGAAGGCUCGCAAGUUUACUACUGGUCCAGCACGCACCAGAUGUUGCUCCAGGGCUACAUCAAAGGCGAUGGGAAGUUCCUCACGGAAGAUCCGGACGAGGUGCCGCACUACGACGUGCAGAUCGGCGCCCGGCGCCAGCUGCGGCGGAUGGUGCCCUGCCGGGAGCUGCGGCCGACCUUCCAAGGUGGAGAGACGAUCUUGGUGUAUUUGACCGAGUUGGCAGGAUGGUGCGGUGCUCAGCGCGCUGCACUCCGCCAUGCUCCUCCAGGUCAUGACCUUCAAAGAAGGUGCCACCCGUCCCACCAUCCUCGAGAACGUCGCGCUUGACAGGGUCCGGCGGAAAUACCCGAAGAAUUCGAGCGUCGUCGUCUACAAAGGCCGUGAAGCGGGCUGGGUCUGGGGCACGGUGGUGCGAGCUUGUGAUGAGCUCCCACUGCGCCCGGGCCAGGAACCAAGGUCCCCGACAAUGUCGCCAAGAGCGCCCAAAGUUGGCUCAUCUCAAACACCGGCUGAGCCCGCCGGGGCUCCACGAGUCCACGGAAUUGGCGGAGCCUACGUUUGUGCAGGUGCUCCUCAAGGAUGCGGAGGAACCUGUGGAAGUGCCUUCCUACCUUCUUCGCGUUGUGCCUGAGCAGAUGGAGCUUUGAAGGUCAAGGCCGACAUGAGCGAAACCUGACUGGCAGAACCAGUGACUGGCAGUGCAAUCCUGCCAAGCGUUUAAGGCAAUGGUGCUCUCUUUCAAAGAAGUGACCUCAUUCCCUGCCAGAGUUCCUGGACACAUGGCGCACGAAUUCAUUGGGCGGCCGUCAUUUCUGAAGAAAUGCACGGCAUAUGGUCAUACGCAAGCAAACCUAACCUGGAGGAGAACU